UGGUACUGUGGGCACGGUGGACUGGGGGCCUAGGGGCCCCGGUGGCCCUAGGGACCCCCAUGGCCACGGCUGAGUGUCCCCGGCCCGGGUGGGCCUCGUAUCACAGCCCCGGCACCAACAACUGCCAGGACCUGGGCAACUCCAUCCUGUUGCUGCUGGGUCUCGUCAUCUGCGUUAACAUUGGCAUCAAUAUGGUGACACUGCUCUGGUGCAGACUCCGUGGCUUCUUACACCAAGUGUUUCGUGUUAUUUGUGAGAAAGAAGCUUCUAAGUUAUGCUCACCUGGGAAGCAGACCCAGCCCCCAAAGCAGAGCUCCCCUGCAGUCCGCCUUCGGUGCACCAUGGACCCUGUGAAGAUGACCGUGUCCCCCCCACCCACUCGCCGCCGUCGCCGUGGAGGCUCUGCAGCACGCCGCGCCCACCGCCCCGUAGCCUGGGCCCCUGACGCUGACAGCGAUGACGAGAAGCCCCCACGUCAGCGCACAACAAUCUGCUCCCACAACUGGAAUUGCCCCAAGGACUGGGAAGGCUUUCAGUCCACCCAGAGGUUCUGGGCUCCCUGGGCCCAGGAUGCUGUGGAGCCACCUACCCAGACCAUCCGCUUCCGGCAAACUGCAGAGGGAAGGCCGCUCAAAAGAGAGAUGCAGUCGGAGCUGGGCCUAGAGGCCUACGUGUACCCUGUGAACCCCCCGCCCCACAGCCCUCAGGCCCUGAGCCGCAAGAACGGUGGAGGGGGGCCCCAGGCAGAACAGGAGAUGUGCUCGCCAGCGCAGCCACCCGUCCUGGGCCCGGCCCACGUCCCAGACAUCCCCCGGCGCCACUCCUCAGGGCGCGUAGCCUAUAAUGCCAGAGACGUGAGGCGGCGGCUGCGGGAGCUGACCAGGGAGGUGGAGACCCUGUCCCACUGUUACCCCCCGGUCUCCGGAUCCAGCACGGCUGAGGGGCCGGGAAAGGCCUGGGUAUACCGUUCCCUGACAGAGAGGUGACUGGGAGAAGAAUAAAAAGAAGAGCGGAGGUGG